AACAGGGUAUAUUUGUAAUUGACCUUCUCAUAAAGGUUCCCCUAAAUACUCAGAAACCUUUAUUUGGCGGGAUUUAAUCGCGCUCACUUUAUUACAGUCUGCAGUCACUGCACCAUCCUACUCCUCCUAAACCCUAAUAUCUUUGUUACUUUUUCUCUUUCUCGCUUCCACCAACCACCAUAAACCCUAAUCUAAGCCAUCUUUCAUCGGGCAAUGGCCUCAGCAAUUUUCUCAGAUUGUUCUUCAUCCACAACUGCACGGGUUGUCACACUCAAUAAAAUCCGAACUGGUAUUUUUCAUUUAAGACGAUCAUCAGCUUUUGUUUCGUGCAAACCUCGAAAUCCCAGCUUUGGUGUUCUCAGUACGCAGCGGCGAAGUUCUUACUCCACUGCCGUGGCUAUGUCACUGAAUACUGAAACUUCUGCGAAAGUAAUUGAUGGAAAGGCGGUUGCGAAACAAAUCAAAGAUGAAAUUAAAAUUGAAGUAUUGAGGAUGAAGGAUGCAAUUGGUGUUGUACCAGGGUUAGCUGUUAUUCUAGUUGGAGAUAGGAAGGAUUCUGCAACCUAUGUGCGCAAUAAGAAGAAGGCUUGUGAAGCAGUUGGGAUUACAUCUUAUGAAAUUUGCUUGCCAGGGGAUUCUACAGAAGAAGAUGUUCUCAAGCAUAUUGCUGAUUACAAUAAGAAUCCCAAAGUCCAUGGUAUCCUCAUUCAGUUGCCCCUACCCCGUCAUAUGGAUGAAGCGAGGAUUUUGAAUGCCGUUAGUAUUGAUAAAGAUGUUGAUGGAUUUCAUCCACUAAACAUCGGGCUUCUUGCCAAGCGAGAUCGGGAGCCUUUUUUUGUUUCGUGUACCCCCAAAGGAUGCAUAGAGUUGUUGCACAGAUAUGGCAUCACUAUCAAGGGGAAGAGAGCAGUUAUAAUUGGUCGUAGUAACAUUGUUGGACUUCCCGUGUCACUACUGCUACAGAGGGAAGAUGCUACCAUCACUAUUGUGCACUCUAGAACCGAGAACCCUGAGGAGAUCGUGAGACAAGCGGAUAUCAUCGUCUCUGCUGCUGGAAAAGCGAAUAUGGUAAGAGGUAGCUGGAUUAAGCCAGGGGCUGUUAUCAUUGAUGUCGGCAUCAACCCAAUAGAUGAUCCAGAAAGUCCUCGUGGCUACCGGUUGGUUGGGGAUGUUUGCUACGAUGAGGCCUGUAAAGUAGCUUCAGCUAUUACUCCAGUGCCUGGUGGAGUCGGUCCGAUGACCAUAGCUAUGCUUCUAUCAAAUACCCUUAGCUCAGCUAAGAGAGCACUCAAGUUUGAAUGAGAGUUCGACAAUUUUUUCGGCUUAUCUAGAAACAAUGAUGUUACAUCUGCCCCUUCUUAAUAGAAGGUUAUUCUUAAUGAUCUUAAUGACUAGCUUUCUUUUCGUGUUUAUUCAUAUUCUCUUCUUUUAUAUUUAUACAGUUGACUUCACA